AUGAGCAUACAAAAAUCAGUUUCAGACUUGGUGCCCACAAUUGAAAAAUUAGAAGCUGAAUACCCCAAUACAUACCUAGAAAAAUGGUUUAAAAUAAUCCAAGGCAACAUAAAGACACACAAAACAGUUGCAAAGGCUAUCUCCCAUAGAAGACAGCCCAUCGCAAUAAGGAAAAGAAUCCAGAUAAGACAAGAGCAAUAUAACAAUAACAA